AUGGACCUGAGCGAGGGCUUGCUUUCGUCCCAUCAGAUCUUAGAAGCGACACUCCACGAUGUGCUCACAGACUUCGCCAUCCCACUCCCAACUCUUUCUGACGGGCCCGAUAUUACUUACAUAGGUGCAAUACCUCCGUCGCAAGAAACGCGUUCUGAGAAGAUCAACUUGUCUCUAAUCGGUACCAUUCCAUCACUAGCAAAUGCCGUUGCAGCGGCUCAGAUAUUCUGUGCCCGAAAGGGCAAUCGUCAAAAUAUUGAAGUUGACCUGAGAAGAGGACAUAACUAUAUUGAUCCCGACAUCGGCAUGACGCCAACCCUCAACGGCCAAGAGAUCACAGUUGAUGUUGUCGUGGGAAAUCCGUUCCUCAGAAAUAUAUUUGAGACCAGAGAUGGUCGAUAUGUUGUUUUGAGUGCAGUGUAUGUCGAUCUGGUUUACAAGUGGACCGCGUUUCUGGGCUGCUCCAUGGCAGAGAGCGAUGUUCGGGAGAAAGUGAAGCAGUGGAGUGCAAAAGACUUGGAGGGAGCUGCCGAAGAAGCAGGUUUGCCUAUGGCGAUUUGCCAGACUGAAUCAUCGUGGCAAGCGCAUCCCCAUGGCUCCCAUCUUGCGAAGCUUCCGUGGGUCCCUGUUGAACACUACCCAACAACUCUUUCUGGACCUUCACCUUCUCCAUACUCAUUUCUUCCUGCUCAUCCAUCUCGACCGCUCUCUGGCCUACGUGUGCUUUGCGUUACUCACGCAAUUGCUGGUCCUUCUACUGGCCGCACAUUGGCCGAGCAUGGCGCUUCUGUGCUGCAAAUCAUGUUCACGCACGGCUUCGAACACGCCUUUGUCUACACAUAUGCGAACCUCGGUACUGCAUCCAGCCGUUUGAACCUCCACAAAUUGGCUGAUCGUCAGAGACUACAGACAUUGGUAAAGGAUGCGCACGUUUGGGUUGACAGUUAUCGACCAAACGCCAUCUCCAAGUUUGGAUUCAGCGACAAUGAGAUACGCAAUCUCAAUCCUAGCAUCAUUAUAUGCCGGGUGCGAGUCUAUGGAACCACAGGCCCCUGGAGAUCAAAGCCGGGCUUCGACAUGCAAGGUUCUGCGUCCAGUGGUCUAAUGUGUUUUAUGGGAGAGGGUCAGGGGGAUGGUAGACCUCGGUGGCCGCCCGGAAUGGUCAUCAACGACUAUACUACAGGGUACUCCGCUGCAUUGGCGAUUCAGAGCAUCAUCUUGAAAAGAACCAGAGGCGAGGUUGAUGUUCGCGACGGGUGGCUUGUGAGUCCCAGCCUCUGCGGCACCGCGAUGGGGAUCCUUAAGUACUACAAGACCAGCCGCUUCAAGUCGCCCGCCGACCAGGAGGGUGUUCAAGCCUUGGCCCCCUCGACUCUCGAAGCGCAUACUACGCUCGGAUAUCUGAAAACCCUGGCACCGCUGCCAAAGAUGAGCAUAACCCCCAUGCACUAUGCCUUUGGUGUGUUGAGUACCAUGGGUUCGAAUCCACCAAUCUUCCCAGGAUAUGAUGAUGGUUAUGAUGUGCGAAAAGCACUGCCUAUGUUGAAAGAAGAGAUCCUGCAUGAAUUGGGUGAUACGGCUGUCCAGACCUUGGAGCGUCUGAAGGCCCUUGGAGAAAGGCUAAGGGAGAAGAGAGUUAUCACAACGGAAGUCACUGCGCGCAAUCACGACAUUACAUUGACGCGACUGCCAGGGAUUCUGCAACGGGGCUAG